GGUGUUAGAGUGCUAGAGGGAGCAGGUGGACUAGUGGAGUUUCGCCAACUCUGCGUACGCGCAGAUAUUUCCUAUUCCUAUUUCCUCCCUCUCCUUUCAUCACUCCCAAGGUCUGCCCUUCUCUCUUCUCCUUCUCCUCACUAUUCUUAGCAUACCCACACUCCACCAAACAAACACGAAAAAAGCGAAGCAAUUCCUGUUAAUUUCUAUCAACUCUGCCCCAAACCCCUCUCUCCCGAUUCCCAGCCAAAAAUAUUUCACCAAAAUUUUACCAAACAAAAGCUUCCUAUCUCUAACAAAUACACAUAAAUAUAUCGUUUGGUCUGUAGUUUAUGACAAUGGCUCACCAAAGUUCUGAUCGCUUAACCUCUGCUGACUCUGCGGAGGCUUUGAACGUUUUGGUUCUGGAUAGGAACAACAACCUUGCUAAUCGCAACCUGUUGACUGAUAAGGAUUUGGUUACAGUUGGUCCCUUGAGGGACGGUGCGGAUCAGUCAAGAUUCAUGCCCACUGUGGUUGACUCUAAGACAACCUUUUUGUCUAAUGCCUAUUCCACCGAGGCACAAUUCCAUCUUGAAGCUGAUAAACAGGGUUCAUUCCUUCCAUAUUUGAGCGCUGAGGGCUUGGAAAGUGGCUUUCAUGGCAUCUACAAUGAAACUGCAUCUCUUGGAUUUCAUGGUUUUAGGCACAGCUCUCAAAUGCCACAUAGACCUUAUGUUCCAGUUUCAUCUCAGCUGCCUCUUGUAGGGGAUCCUAGUUGGUUACCCACUACAAGGCAUUUCCCUACCUCAGAUUCAUCUUAUCACCAGCCAUCAGUUCCUCUAAACAUUCCAAAUGUUACUUCAAAGGCUCAAUUUUCUCAUCUAGAGUUUCCUGUGAAUAUUGAGCAACAACUGGAUGGAAAAAGAUUUGGCCUGAGACCAAAUUAUCUCCCUCCAUCAGGAUCAUAUGGUGGAAGAAGCAACUUCCUGGGAAACUCUGGCAAGCAUUGCAUGCAAUAUCAAGGAUUUGAUGGGUUUGGGGCUGCUGGAUUCUGCUCAGACUGUUCAAAGCCUUUUAUUGGGAAGAGUUCUUUGUUUCAGACAUCAUAUCCAGCAGCUUCUCCAAAACGAGUUGGUUCACUAGAGUUUCCUUCAAACGACAUUGGAAUGGCUUCUUUCUUGAAAGGAUCAUUUUAUGGUUUUGUUUCUUCUUCUGGCUCUGGCUCUAUAAGCUACACUGGUAGCCGAAGUGAUCAAAGUUCUGGCUGUGGCAGUGUUUCCAGUUCUAGCUUAGGAAUAAAUGGUCAGAACUGGCCUUCGCUUGAUGAAGCAAGAGAAGGGGGAAACUGCAAGGACUUUUCAUGUAGUUGUACUGUAACACUUGAUACAUUAAGUGAGCGUAACAAGGGACCUAGGGCAUUUAAGCCUAAAAGUCAGAUAACCGCCAAAGGUUUUAUUGUUGAUAGCAGCAAGAAUGGCCCAACUAAUGGCAUUAGCAAUGGAUCAUACAACCGACAGAAUUUUGUCACUGACUAUGUGGAUGCAAAGUUCUUUGUGAUAAAAUCUUAUAGUGAAGAUAAUAUUCACAAGAGCAUAAAGUAUGGUGUCUGGGCAAGCACCCCAAGUGGCAACAAAAAAUUGGAUACUGCUUAUCAUGAGGCAAAAGAGAAACAAGUGACAUCGCCUGUCUUUCUGCUAUUUUCGGUGAAUGCUAGUGCUCAGUUUUGUGGAGUGGCUGAGAUGGUGGGACCUGUUGACUUUGACAAAAGCGUGGAAUAUUGGCUUCAGGAUAAGUGGUCGGGGCAAUUCCCAGUAAAGUGGCACAUUAUUAAAGAUGUCCCCAACAGUCAGUUCCGCCACAUUCUGCUUGAAAAUAAUGACAACAAGCCAGUAACUAACAGUAGGGAUACUCAAGAGGUGGAAUUGGAGCAGGGUAUUGAGAUGUUGAACAUUUUUAAAAAUUAUGAAAGUCAUUCAUCCAUCCUAGAUGAUUUUUACUUUUAUGAAGAACGGCAGAAAGCAAUGCAGGAAAGGAAGGCUAGACAGCUAAGUAGCAUGGUCGCUUCUCCAGAUGAUUUUGUUGGUGAAUCCCAGAACUUUGUGUCACUUCCUAAUGAUUUCGUAAAAAAAAUGUCCAAGAGCUUUGCUGAAGCUCUUUUGGUAAAUGAGAAUGAGAAAACGGGUGGAGCAACUAGAAAGAUGCUCUCUACUGCAUGUGGGGGCCUUGGGAGAUGACUGCAACAGCAAAUUUGGUCAAGAAGGAAAUCAAUAUUAUCGGUAGGCAUUUAUUAGUUUAUGCAUUUUGAAACACCUCUAAUAUUUAUUUUGAGUUCUUUAUUUGUUUAUUUUUAUUUUUUAUUUUUAAAUUUUGCUGCCCCACAAGUUUUGAGAAGGCUCCUAGUUUGGUUAACUUGGUUUAUGGAUUUAAUUUGUUUACAUGGAGAUAUUCUGAAGGAGUCUGUAAUAUAGACUUGGUUCAUAUGUAUACGGUAUAUGCACCACAGCUGAUUUUUCCUUUUAAAAUUGUUGUUACUA